UAGGCAUAGGGAGUAGACUUUCAAGUUUGACACAUUAAAUAUCCUUUCUUGUCUGUCCCAUUAAUUUAAAAUUGUUUUUUUUUUUUUUGGGGGGGGGGGAGGUGGAUCCUGAAAUAAAGAAACGGUUACACAGGCUUCAGGGAUGAAACAGCUGCUGGCCUGUCUGCAUUUCUGCUGAGACUUACACACCAUUGCAUAUAAAACAUAGAUUUAAUGAAGUAAGUUACUAGUUUUAUGAGGCACUGUGAGUGUGAGGGAAGGACAUGGCAUUUGUGCAGUAAACUUUAUCUGUGAAUGCUAGCUCUGGGGGAAGCAGUCCUGCCCUCUUCAUUAGAGAGGUAGCAUGCAGAACAUAAGUAGGUGGGAGAUAGACAUAAUGCUGAUCAGGCUCACCACUGUGACUCCUGCACUCUCUCUUUUAACUUUGCAAUCCCAAAGUCUGAAAAGGUGUGUGUGUGUGAGAGAGAGAGAGAGCUCCAUGAAAUCUAUGUGUGUAUUACUUUGUCAUUUAAAAUAAAAUUUCAGAAGUUACCCUAAUUUUAACCCUGAUAUUCUGACAGCAGUUUUUCUUUCCAGCUGUAGUGAACCCCCCCCCCCCCUUUGGUAAACGACUUAAGUUCCAAGAGAACUUUCACUUCUUUAUUUAUAAUCACAGAAGUGAGGUGUUACUUCACACACACACACACACACACACACACACACCACACAAAGAAUGAAAUAAAGAAAUGAAACUCGCUAAGCAGACAAAAACAGGCAAGUUUCUGCUUAGAAAACAGCCUCCUCCGGUGGAAAAGGUUAGACUGCCCAUGCCUAAGAGAAGGACUUGCUCCCGAAUUUUGUUUUGGCCAGAAAUGGUGAGAAGAAAAAGCAUGAAGAAGCCGCGAAGUGUGGGGGAGAAAAAGGUGGAGGCGAAGAAACAGCUCCCGGAGCAAACUGAACAAAACCUCGCCAAGAGUGUCGGGAGGCAGGACCGUUAUUCCUGCGGAGCAGGGGAGAGAAGAGAGACCCUGAAACACGCGCCACCUAUCUUUGUGGGGAGGGAUAAUUGAAGCGCCCUGAGCGUGAGCAUCAUGUGAAAACGUGAUCGCCAAGUUUCUCUCUGGGAAAAGAUCUGGGAUAGAUUAUACCUUGAAGUCUCCGCAAACGCUUUAGUGGAAGAAAUGAAAUUCCACCUCCCUCCCUUCCUCUCUCCCUCCCUCCCUCCCUUCUCCACGCCCCCCCCCCCCCCCCCCCCCCCCCCGUCAAGCCUUUGGCAUCAUUAUCCUCAUCACUAAAUCCUGCAGAGUACUGGGCGGAAAACCGUGCAGACCAUUCACAGAACUGGCGAACUCCGAGGGGCGAAAGUUAAAGGGAAAGAUCUCGGGUCUUCCAUGCAGAUCUCUUUUCCUAAUAUCUCUGGUGGCUAGGCUUGAGGUGCACAUCAAGUUGUGGGGAUACCUCAAGCACUGUUUUUGUAACUAAAUUCUUGCCCUUUCUCUUAUUACAUUUUUUUUAAAGAUGCCAGAGCUAAGGGAGGAAAAUGCUACUUGUGCCACUGCAUCUUAGGAUUUCAGGGUGUGUUUGUGUGUGUGUGUGUGUGUGUGUGUGUGUGUGAGAGAGAGAGAGAGAGAGAGAGAGAGAGAGAGAGAGAGAGGAGAGAGAGAGAUUUCUGUACUGGAUCCCUAUAUUAAAAGUACUUUGGCAUUUUAAUAAAGGGUCUCUAGAUUAACGUAGAACAGCACUAUGCUGGCCAACGUCUGGAUCUCUCUCUAUCUACGCAGAUCACACUACAAAGUGAGGGGUUGGGGACAGGAGGAAGAAGGAAAAAGGCCAGAGGAGCUUAGGAGGAAAGAAAGAAGAGGGUGACAUUAAACUGUGUGGGGUCUAAGUUUUGAAGUACAUAUUUUUUGAUAUUGCAAUUAAAGUAAAAUUAAAAAGAAAA